AUGAACUCUUUCAGGUUGGUAGUGGACAAGUUCCACUGGUCUGACCAGCGUUUUGCUAUCCAAGUGGCUAAGGUGGAGGAGGGCUUCUCAGGCCGCAGCUCAGCAGCCUGUGUUGCAAAGUGUCUUCUAGGGAGACGCUGUCCUUCAAAGGUUGAUUCAGAUUCUGAAGAUUCUGAAGUUGAAGUUUGCUCGGAAACUCCGGAAGAAGCUCCUCUUGAAGCUCCCCAAGAAGCUCCUCUUGAAUCUCACCGAGAAGCUCCUCCGAUAGCUCCCUCGGAAACUCCCCAACAAGCUCCUCUUGAAGCUCCUCCAGCUCCUCCGCUAGCUCACCCGGAAGGACCCUCAGCUCCUCCAGCUCGACCACUAGCUCCCCACUCUCCACCGGGUUCACCGAGCGAAGAGCGAGUCCCCAGCUUUACCAGUGAGACGAGCGAGACAGAUUCCCGCCAUGGCAGCUUGCGAUCACGUGAUGCUGAUCUCACGUUUGUUGAUUCAGAUUCUGAACAGGAUGAAACUCCACCUGAAGGUCUCGAAGAAACUCUUCCAGCUCCUCCGGUAACUACCCCGGAAACUCCCCAAGAAGCUCCUCUCGAAGCUCCCCAAGAAUCUCCUCUUGAUGGUCGCCAAGUAGCUCUUCCAGCUCUUCUGGUAACUACGCCGGAAACUCCCCAAGAAGCUCCUCUCGAAGCUCCCCAAGAAGCUCCUCUUGAAGGUCGCCCGGAAGUUCCUCCAGCUCGACCAGUAGCUACCCCUUCUGCACCGGGUUCACCGAUCGAAGAGCGAGUCCCAAGCCUUACCAUUGGGACGAAUGAGACAGACGAUUGUGAUGAUGCACAAAAUGAUUCCGGUCCUGGACGCUUGCGAUCACGUAAUGUUGAUCUCAGUCCAACGCUUGCAGACUUAGCCAAGAACUCGGUAGAGAAUGAGUUUAACCUUUCAGAUCUUGAACAACUCAAAGUCAGGGAUUUUACAGGCGAUGUUAUUGUGAAGGAUGAAUUUCCUCUUCGGCAGCUACAUGUUGGAGACAAAAUAUUGUUGAGGAAUGCCCGAGGCCUAGCGAUGAACGCCAGAGAAUUGAUCGAGCACAUCCGAACAUCGAUAGUUCUUACUCUUGAACGAGGCGCUGUAUGUACUGCAAGAGAGGAAGGAAAUGAACUGGCCAUCAAUAUAAAAGGAUCCCAGACGGUUAGACUGGACACAGUAGAUCUGAUUCGCAGAGCCUGUACGUCGCAUUGUUCUCUCCCUAAUGCUGAGAUGCCAGAGAUAUCCAACCUCACCAUCACAGAGAUUAACAACAUCCCCGUCGCCAUCGGCUCUCAACCAGACCAGAUUGCAGGGAGUAUGAGAGAAGCCCUGGAGACCUCAGGAGGAAAUUUAACGCUUCAUCUUGUUCCACAGUCGUUGCUAGACGCUUUGGCCGAAUAGGACGAUGAUACACACGAAGAGCAAGCACGUGAUAUAGUGGAUGAAUAGCAUUCCACUUUUAAAAAUCAAUCAGAUCCUUCUUCGAAAACUAGAAGAUCUUCAUUCUAAUCCCAGAAGAUCUUCCCUCUCAAACUUGGAGAUCUUUCUUCUAAAGUUAGAAGAUCUUUCUUCUACAGGAGCUGUCUGUACACCAGGGAACAACGUUUAGCACUCGUAUGCUGGUGUUCUAUGGCAAGCGUUUAAUGCCAUGAAAGUUAAAAAAUUGAUUUGUAGAUAGCAUAGCAUACGGAGCAAUGCCCUAUAUGUUGACUCAGCGCCUCUCCAAGAGACAUGCUGGAUAUAAUGAUUUCCCUUCUGUUUCUGCGAUCUUGGAGAACAAGCAACCCAUCACUCAACAUCUUAGAAUCGGUUCAAGAGAAAUACGAAGGGUUCUCAAUUUGGCAAUGAAUAUGGUUUGUUACAAUUUUUGUUUAGCUUUGAUUUUUGUAGGGUUGCAUUGUUAUUUUAGCGCCCCUAUAUAAACUUGAUGGCGGACAUGUUUAAGCGCUAUGUAAUUGCAAAGAAAUAAUUUGCGAAUGGUAUUGUUUAGAGUCCAUAAGGCAUCUUGUAACCAUGUAACCAAAUAAGUAGACAAGGGAAAGUUUAUAACUUUGUUGAGUAAUUGGUAUUAUUAAUGAAUAUCAGAUGUAAUAUACAUGUUCAAUAACACGCUAUUUAAGGAAACCAGUGUAAUUCACAAGCAGUGGAAAAUUAGAAAUAAAAAGCAUCGAAAAAUGAAAUAGAGGAAGUUAUAUCUUCGAUCAUGGUUUGACUUUAGUUGUAAAGAAAAAUGACCAACAAAAAAAACCCGACACUGAUUAAGAGAUUACAAGUUGGGAUGAAUUGAAUAACUCUAUAAACACGGUUGGAAUUCUUUGGUUAUACUGAUUUGUUUUAAAUGAACAGUUUAACAUAACACUUUGUCCUAUUGAAUGAAAAAAACUAUGUCUCCAUUCAGCUGAAUAAUUCCAAUGGACUAUAUCGUCAUAUCAUAUGAAUCGCGAAUUGUAUUGAGUGUUGAAGGCUUUGUUUUUGUAUGUUUAUGGUUCGGAACAUAUGUAUUGUUAAAUAUCAGAUGUAAUGUACAUUUUUAAUAAUACUCUAGACGGAAACCAGGGUAAUUCUCAAAUAGAAUCUUAGUCUUGAUUGGCUAGGGGAGUGAAGGCAAAUUUAAAACAUAAAGCCGGUUGAGAGGUUUUCACGAAAGAUCUAAGUACUACUAUGUGAGGAAAACUGGGUUUUCAACAAAUUGUAAGUGUUUAGGAAAUUAUUGGGGAUUAUGUUUUCUCCCAUAUCCAUGCUUAAACUAAUACUCAAAGCAUUUUAAUGUUGUAGGUGUAUUCAAAAUGGGUGUAAAGAGACUAUUCAGUCGGUGUUAUCAUUGGAUUCUUAACAUGCAAACAAGCCUGACAUCACCCCGUAUUUUCUCUAUAAAGUUCAUUAUGCAUAGGAAUGAGGGGGUCUAUAUUGGCAUUUCCUUUUUUGUUUGUUCAAAUGUUGUACAUAAUUAGAUGAUUAGAUGUACCUGGAUACCACAAAUGUGAUAAUUUUGUUGAUACAAAGGUUGUGGAGAUAUUGAGCUGAUUUCAGGUGUGUACAUACUUCUUUCCUAGUUUAACACAAAUGUCAUAACAAUAUGUGUUAAAGAGUACUAUUCUUGUAUUAUUUACUGUACUUCUUCUUCAGGAAUAGUAAAGUCUAUAUCAUUUAUACAUGUACGCAGAGGUGUAAAGAUCAUAUUGAAAGGGAAUGAAUGAUAUACUGCCUAUCAAUUUAUGGAAAGAAAACUUGAUCUAACCUUAAAUGUCUACUUAUAAUUCAUAUAAGAACUUCACACUGUAAUAAUUUGCAUACCGUCACUCUAAAACCCUUUUCAUGGUUUUGAGUAUUCUGUCUAUUAUAUUCUUAUCUUGUAAUUACAAUAAAAGC